AUGCAGAAACUUUUCAAGCCUAAAUACUACUUUAAGGCUGCUAGAUACACUGAAAAAGAUAUUUCUCAGAUGAAAAGAUUCUCAAUUCGACAAAUCUAUAAAGAUAUGCAAGGUGAAUUCCAGAAGGCGACAUGGAGAAAGCUAGUAUGUAAUAAUCAGGGAUUGCCAAAGUGGACCUUUAUCAUGAUAUUAGCAUUGCUUAAUAGGCUUGCUACAAAAGACAGAUUGGCCAAAUGGGGUAUCAUUCCAGAUCAACUAUGCCACUUAUGUGAAAAGGAGAAUAAAACAGUGCAACAUCUUUUCUUUGAGUAUGAAGUCACUGGAAGCAUAUGGCAGCAGCUGCUGUACUGGCAAGGAAUACAGAGAGUGAAGAAAAAGUGGCAAGAAGAGAUCCAAUGGAUAGAGCAGUUUGCGAAAGGCAAGAGUGCUGGGGCUGCAGUAUGUAGAAUGACCUUUGCAGCAACGGUUUAUCAUGUCUGGUAG